AUGGCCGUCCUCAAGCACUGCGUCUGGCUCCUCUUUGCCGCCGGCAACGCUGCCCUUACCUCUGCCAAGACCACCGCCCACAACUUUACGCAGACGGCGAUCGACAAUGGAGAUGCCCUCGCUCAGCUCUCGGCGCAGGCUCUCGAGGUCUCCAAGGCACUGAACCAGCGGAUGGGAAUCAACUCGACCUGCACGCCCGACAAGCUUCGCGUACGGAAAGAAUGGAGAACACUUCCUGCCGAAGAGCGCAAGGCGUACGUCGCUGCGGUCAAGUGCCUCCAGUCCUCCCCUACGCUAUUGAACUCCACGGAGCUUCCGGCUGCAAAGUCACUAUACGACGACUUUGUCCUGACACAUCUCAACCAGACUGGAAUGAUUCACGUCACGGCAAACUUCCUCCUUUGGCAUAGAUACUUCACAUACACGUACGAAGAAAACCUCCGUAACGUCUGCGGCUACACCGGAACCUUCCCGUACUGGGAAUGGGGUCUCGACGUCGAAGACCCAGCCAAGUCCCCCGUCUUUGACGGCUCAGAGACCUCCAUGGGAAGCAACGGCGCCGCCAUCGAGCACGAGGGCAUGCACCUCCUCCAGAGCUUCUCCAACACCACCAUCAUCCUCGAGCCCGGCUCGGGUGGCGGCUGCGUUGAGACCGGUCCCUUCUCCGAUAUGGUCGUCCACGUCGGGCCCCGGCUGCUUGUCGAUAAGCCGACUGAGGACCACCCUCGCUGCCUGAAGCGUGAUCUUAACAAGCACAUUGCUUCCAGAUACUCUUCGCUGCGGAAUACUACUGAGUUGAUCCUCGGCAAUGACAACAUUGAGUGGUUCCAGGCUGUUAUGCAGGGCGACGACAGGUACACGCCUGGUAUUGAGGUUGGCGUUCACGGAGGAGGUCACUACACGAUCGGAGGCAAACGGUCACUGACUUUCCGUAUAGGCGACCCUGGUGCGGAUCCCUUCAUCUCCCCCGGCGAGCCGGUCUUCUUCCUGCACCACGCGCAAGUUGACCGCGUCUACUGGAUCUGGCAGAUGCUUGACUUUGCCAACAGACAGGAUAUUUUCGGCACCAGGACACUACAGAAUAACCCGCCGAGCGCAAACGCCACCUUGGACGACCUCAUUGACAUUGCUCCCAUCGGCGGAUCGGCCAAGCUCAGAGACCUGAUGAACACUGUCGGAGGAUCUCCGUUCUGCUACGUCUACGAAUAAACAGCGAGUCUAUACCACAGGGGUUGACUCCCCAAACAACUAACAUCUCUCUAUCAUCUUCUACUGUACAUAAUUCAGCUGUAAAUAGCACUCCUGUACAACUACCUGAUUAUAUAGAAUAUACAGACUACAGUCUUGUU